AUGAAAACCGCUUCCACCCUUACCCUCACCCUCACUCUAGCAGUCCUGAGUCUCGCGGCUCCUGCUCCCAAACCUGCAGCCAAAGCAGUAGCAAGAGCAACAACGUCGCACGUUAUCAUUGCCAAAGGCCUUGGUCUUACUGGUGAGAAGACCACAAUUGAAGUGUCCAUUGAUCCGGCGACAUGCUCGAACCUCCCAUCCAAUUUCAACAACGCAAUCAAGUCAAUUCUUCCUGAUGCUGGGAUUUAUUGUAUGCUUUACGAUUUCCCGGGUUGUGAGAUCGAUGAAUCCGUCCCUGAUAGCGGCAGGACAUGGGGGAUUGAUCACCAGAUUGAUGAUCUUUCGGAUCCGCAGUAUAGCUACAAUUUCAAUGACAGAGCGACGAGUAUCUGGUGUGCGCCUGUGUCGUCCGGGGUAAAGAAGGAAUAG